AUGUUUAAAGAUCCUGAAGUGAAUAUUUGCUAUUCUUUAAAAUCUUUUACAAUGCCUGAAGAAAUCAUAGAUUUAAAUGCUAUAGCGGCACAUCGUAAACCGCUUGAUCCUUUUCUUGCUCCAACUGAAGUAACCUUUGAUCAAGUACAUUCGAUUUUAUAUGGAAAUUCAUCAUCACAUUUAAUUUAUCGAUAUGGACGAAAGUAUUUCAAUAAGACACUUGAUCGAUCAUAUCCACAUACUUUUCUUACAACAGAUGUUUUUAAUUCAAUUAUAAAAAAACUUGAUCCAAGUUUAAAACCGCAAUUCAUUGUUGAAGUUGGUUCAUUCACAGGAAAUUCUGCUACAAUAAUGGGUAAUGUCUUGAAGAAUAAGUAUCCACAAGCUUUUAUUUUAUGCAUUGAUACUUGGCUUGGAGGUAAAGUGUUUUUCAUUCGUAUUUCAUUCUUUCAUUUUGUUUUCUUUGAAACACUCAGGUAG